UUUGUUUCCAGUAAUUUCUACGGGCAACAAAAUCAGCGGCAGCAGUCGAGAGGUUUCCAGAAACGAGCUGGUCGUGCCGGUGUCACGUACAUAACGCUUCCUGGUUUAUUCAAUUCCAGCUGAAUAUCUGAAUUAACUCCAAUUUAUUAUGGCAAAAUGGGGAGAAGGAGACCCUCGCUGGAUCGUGGAGGAGAGAGCGGAUGCUACAAAUGUCAACAACUGGCACUGGACGGAGAGGGACGCCACAAACUGGUCAUCAGAGAAGCUCAAGGAACUGCUGAUGGGGAUUCAGGUGGAGGCUGAAGAAGGCAAGUGUGAGAUCACGGAGGUCAGCAAGUUGGAGGGAGAGGCAUCCAUUAACAAUCGGAAAGGAAAGCUCAUCUUCUUCUAUGAAUGGAAUUUGAAGGCCGCCUGGACAGGGACAUCAAAAUCAGGCAUCAAAUACAAGGGAAACAUUGAAGUUCCAAACCUUUCAGAUGAAAAUGACAUGGAUGAUCUUGAUAUCAGCGUGAGUCUUUGUAAAGAUGAACCUGACACAGCGUUGCUUUCUCUGAUGAGGAAAGAUGGAGCAGAUAAAAUUCGUACAGCUCUCUCCAACUACGUGGACUCCCUCAAAUCAGAGUUCACACAAGGGAUGAUUCUGCCAACAGCCAAUGGUAUGACAAAACAGCAGACAGCCCAGGCACCAACCAAGUCAAAUAAAACUCAGAUCGGCUCAUCUACCGCUGCUUCUCCAGCUCCCCACACUGGAGUGAAGAUCCCCACCUGCAAGUUUUCACUGAAGGACACUUUCCUCGCCUCACCAGAAGAGCUUUACAGGGUCUUUCUCAACCAAGAAAUGGUACAGGCUUUCACACGCACCGGUGCUAUGGUUGACCCUGAGAGAGGUGGGAAAUUUCGCCUAUUGGACGGAAAUGUGAACGGAGAGUUCCAGGAGCUGGUGCCUGAGGAGAAGAUAGUCAUGAAAUGGAGGUUCAACUCAUGGCCUUGCGAGCACUACGCGACAGUGACAUUGACAUUUACAGACAAGGGUAAUGAGACAGAGUUAAAAAUUGAUUGUCGAGCGGUGCCCGAGAGCGAAGAGGAACGAACACGAGACGGUUGGCGGAGGUACUACUGCCAUGCUAUUAAACAGACUUUUGGCUAUGGCGCACGACUCUGCUGAGUCCAGGAUGUAGCCGCCUCUGUUUUGGCUCUACUUUUUUGGAUUUUGUUUGUUUUAUUGUUUUUAUGUUGCUUUAUUUUGGUCCACCUACAUGUGAGAGGAUCUGAAUGUGAUUUACUGAAACAGAAAAACAUCACUUUGCUCCAUUAUCAAUAUGUUCCUUUCUGAAUGUGAUGUUUACGGUAAAUAAAGGAAAGACAUUGUGAAACCAGAACUGAAAGAGAUGAAAACCGAAGGGAGAAACUUGAAUCAUAUGAAAUAUCUGUGUAUGUGUGUAAUAUAUUUUUUAUUUUAGCAUGGUAAAACUCAGAUGGUCCCCUUCCUGUUCUGUUCAAGGCUGAAUGGUGCCGUGUAUGCACUGGGUGGGUUUUGAUAAGUUAAAAAAUAUUUGAUCUUCAUGAAGACGGUUUGGAGACGGAAUAUUAAAUAGAAAAUUCAGACCGCUUGGGUUUCUUUCAAAUUGUUUGAAAGAAGGAAAUUGACUUUGUGGUUUUUGUCAAUGUAUGUUUUUUUUUGUCAUAACAUCACAAUAGUAUUAUGAAUAUAUAUGUAAUUUUUACUCAUAGCAAUUUUUAUUCAUCAAAAAUAAUGCAAAGCCUGUUUCUUUUGUGUCAAACAGAUUAUAUUAAAACCAUGUAAAAUGCAAAACUGGGCAUUUAUAGAUUCUGCUUUUCUAAUUAUUGCUGUUUCUGCAAGUACUGUAUUUUAAACUUCAUAAGGGU